AUGUUAAACCAUCCAUUAUAUAAACAAUUGUCAGGCUAUCAAAUCAUCCUUGGGUCAAAAUCACCAAGACGUCAGGAAAUACUUCGAAACAAUCUAGGAAUUGACAAUUUCACAAUUGUUGAAUCGAAUUUUGCUGAAGAUUUAGUCAUUGAUGAUCCCUUGGAAUAUGUAACAGCAACCAGCCACCAUAAGGCAAAGGCAAUACUCAAUCAGAACAAGUUUGACGAGCCAACAAUUGUCAUAACGUGCGAUACGAUCGUCAGUUGCAACAAUCACAUCUUGGAAAAACCAAUGACUAAAGAGAAGCAACAGGAGUUUUUUCAAAUAUAUAAACAAUACAAGGAAGUGCAAGUGAUAUCAGCAGUGACUAUAUUUAAAAUUGACAAGGACGGCAAAGCAUCAGAGUAUGCCGAUCAAUGUACUUCUACUUUACUGUUUAAUGAUCAUGAAGGUGCUGAUGAUUUAGUUAAUGCCUAUAUUGACAGCGAAGAAGGACUAGAUGUAGCUGGUGGGUUUCGAUUUCAAGAAUUUGGAUCAUUGUUAUUCAAUUCCUUACAGGGUGACUACUUCAAUGUUGUUGGAUUACCUGUUUCUAUAACGUUUGAAUUGUUAUCCAGGGCAGUGCUUGUUUAG